AAGAGAAAAAGAACACAGAAGGUUGAUGGUUGGCUGAUUGAAAAACGAGUAACAUCAUCUUUCAACUAUAAUUUCCUCGGCACAAUGUCUGCUCAAAAUGGGCCACUGUAUCUGGGCUUUGAUCUGUCAACUCAGCAACUGAAGGCAAUUGUUAUAACAUCGGAUCUGAAAGUCUUGUACGAGGCCAAGACUGACUUCGAUGCAGAUCUUUCCAAAUAUGGAAUCAAGAAAGGUGUCUUUGUCAAGGAGGAAACGAGAGCAGUCUACGCUCCCGUGGCUAUGUGGUUGGAAGCCGUAGAUAUUGUUUUCCAGAGACUCAAGGACAAGGGAACACCGUUCUGGAGAAUAAAGGGCAUUUCCGGGUCUGGUCAACAGCAUGGAAGUGUUUACUGGAACAAGACAGGCGAGGAGUUGCUUGGCAAGCUGAGGCCUGAAGAGACUUUGGUUGAUCAACUUGCAAAAACAGCUUUUGCUCAUCCAUUCAGUCCCAAUUGGCAGGAUGGGAGCACUCAGAAAGAGUGUGACAAGUUUGAUGCUGAACUGGGCUCUGCAGAUGAGCUUGCACAGAUCACUGGAAGCAAGGCUCACCAUCGCUUUACUGGCCCACAGAUCAUGAGAAUGCACGAGCACCACCCAGAUGUCUACCGUGCGACAUCUCGAAUUACCCUGGUUUCAUCGUUUCUUGCCUCUCUAUUUCUGGGCCGCAUUGCACCCUUCGAUAUCAGCGACGUAUGUGGAAUGAAUCUUUGGGAUAUCAAUGCUGGUACCUGGUCUGAACCCUUACUCAAGCUCGCUGCUGGAGGGUAUGGUCUCGAAUCACUGAAGCAAAAACUUGGUACGGUUCGUGAAGAUGGAGGCGGCAGCAUGGGACCAAUCUCGGCCUACUUUGUUCAACGAUAUGGCUUCCUUUCAGACUGUAGCGUUGCUCCCUUCACUGGCGACAACCCAGCCACCAUUCUUUCGCUGCCAUUAAGGCCACUUGACGCCAUCGUAUCCCUCGGGACUUCAACAACCUUCCUGAUGUCGACGCCAAAGUACGUACCGGAUCCCGCCUACCAUUUCUUCAACCACCCAACCACAGCUGGACUGUACAUGUUCAUGCUUUGCUACAAAAAUGGCGGCUUAGCCCGCGAGAAGAUUCGAGAUUCCCUGCCCAAGUCUACCGCCUCGGACAGUUGGUCAAACUUCAACGAGACCGCUCUUGCUACUCCUCCUCUCGGUCAAAAAACUCCUUCUGAUCCAGCAAAACUAGGUCUUUUCUUUCCCUUACCGGAAAUUGUACCAAACGUAAGAUCAGGAACCUGGCGUUACACGUGUGCAAGUGACGGCUCCAAGCUCGAAGAAUCAACGAAUGGAUGGCCCUCGGAGGCAGACGCAAGGGCAAUCGUAGAAUCACAAAUCCUCUCGUUGAGACUUCGUUCUCAGAAGCUCGUCCAUAGCCCUGUGGAUGGUGUUCCACCACAACCUAGAAUAAUCUAUCUCGUAGGCGGAGGUUCUUUGAAUCCUGCCAUUGCAAGAAUCGUAGGAGAUGUUCUAGGGGGAGUGGAGGGAGUAUGGAAGUUGGACGUUGGUGGGAAUGCGUGUGCGCUUGGGGGUGCUUAUAAAGCUGUUUGGGCUAUUGAAAGAAAAGAGGGACAGAGUUUUGAAGAGUUGAUAGGGGAGAGGUGGAGGGCGAGUGAAGCUAUUGAGAAGGUUGACGAGGGAUAUAGGGCUGACAUUUGGGCAAAGUACGGAAACGUGCUUAGCACUUUUGAGCUGGUUGAGGAAAAGAUCUUGGCAGGAGAGGAGAGGGAUAAGUAAAAGGUGUAAAUUGACCCGUGCUCAUAAAAGAAGUGCCAGUGAAGUAAAAGAAACGUUUGAAGUAUUCUUCCCAGGCUACUCUCGGUUAUGUUGCCCCCAUUUGUAGCUCGAAGAGAGACUG